AUGACAACCGUGAGACAGAGGAGGGUUGGAAAAGGAGCAGAAGCAGCUGAAGAUCAGCCCUCAGAGGAGACUAAUGUGAAGCCUGAUGGGAAAACUCUGCCUGGUCAUACAGGUGGAAAGCUCUGGAACAUACUCUCAGUAACUGUUGGUGGAAUUGUUGCCAUCUCUCUUGGACUUCUCACUUCUGUUUAUGUUGCUACACUGCAUGAAAAUGACCUGUGGUUUUCCAAUAUUAAGGAAGUGGAAAGAGAAAUUUCCUUCAGAACUGAAUGUGGACUUUAUUACUCCUACUACAAGGAGAUGAUUCAGGCUGCCUCCAUACAGCAAGGUUUACAUGGUUUAGUAUAUGACAAUAAAACUGAAUCUGUGAGGACAAUUAACAUACUUGAGAGAAUGAAUGUUUACCAGGAGGUGUUUCUCAGCAUUCUGUAUAGGAUUCUUCCAAUUCAGCAAUACCUAGAGCCUGUUUAUUUUUAUAUCUACACUUUGUUUGGACUUCAGGCAGUGUAUGUCAUUGCUCUGUAUGUAACGAGCUGGCUGCUUAGUGGGACAUGGCUCUCAGGGUUGCUGGCAGCUUGCUGGUAUAUUACAAACAGAGUAGAUACCACAAGGGUGGAGUUCACCAUUCCCUUGAGAGAAAACUGGGCACUGCCAUUCUUUGCUGUUCAGGUAGCAGCUAUCACAUACCUGCUCAGGACUCAUCUGCAGCCUGUUCAAGAAAGACUGACCCUUUUGGCUGUAUUCCUAGCAACGUUUCUCUUCAGCCUGACGUGGCAGUUUAACCAGUUUAUGAUGCUGAUACAGGCACUGGCACUGUUCAUACUGGACUGCUUUGACCUGCUGCCCACAGCAAAGGUUACGUGGCUCUAUGUCAUUCAGCUUUCUGCAUUGCUGCUGGUCUGUGUCCUGCAGUUCUUUAACUCUAUGAUUCUUGGAUCAUUGCUUAUAAGUUUUAAUGCUUCUGUCUUGAUAGCAAGAACAAUCCAGAAAAACUUAAAAAAGGGUGGCUUGCUUAACAGGCUUGGGAAACUUCUCCUCCAUGUGCUGUUAGUUUUGUGUUUGACUCUCCUCAUAAAUAAAUUCAUCAAGAAAAUUCUUACUCUUGAGUCAGAUGAACAUAUAUUCAAAUUCCUGAAAGCAAAAUUUGGAUUUGGGGCAACCAGAGAUUUUGAUGCUAACCUGUAUCUUUGUGAAGAAGCUUUUGGUUUGCUGCCAUUAAAUACUUUUUCAAGGCUCUCAGAUACAUUACUUUUUUACAUCUACAUCUUUGUUCUCUUCCUCCUGGCAGUAGCAGCUGUAAUUGUUGCCUUUCGGAACCUCAGUGGCUCAAAUCAAGUCCAGUCAAUGGAAAAGAUGGAAGAGUGCACAGUAACACUGAAGCCUGAUGCUGCUUACAGCUUAGUGCACACAGUUCUGUUUGGAUGUCUGGCACUGAGCACAAUGAGAAUGAAGUACCUCUGGACAUCCCACAUGUGUGUGUUUGCAUCUUUUGGCCUGUGCAGUACAGAAGUUUGGAAGCUUAUCCUGAAGUGUCUCCACAUCUACACAUCCCAGAGGACACAGGUGAUUAAGUAUUCGAUACCAAUAAUGACAUUGCUGUACAUUUCAUAUAAGUUCUGGCCAGGAAUAAUGGAUGAACUAUCAGAGCUGAGAGAAUUCUAUGACCCAGACACUGUGGAGCUGAUGAACUGGAUUAAGUCAAACACUCCAAACACAGCAGUGUUUGCUGGGAGCAUGCAGCUACUAGCAGGAGUCAAACUGUGCACUGGACGGACCUUAACGAACCAUCCCCACUACGAGGAUAAGAAUCUGAGAGAGAGAACAAAACAGAUCUAUCAGAUCUAUGCCAAGAGAGCUCCUGAGGAGGUGCACAGCAUCCUGAGGUCGUUUGGCACAGACUAUGUGAUCCUGGAGGACAGCAUCUGCUACGAGAGGAGGCACAGCCGAGGCUGCCGCCUGCGAGACCUGCUCGACAGAGCCAACGGCCACAUCAUGGAUGGUGUGGGAGAGAAUGAACCUGAUCUGAAACCUUCGCUGUAUCCUCGCUUCUGCGAGGAAAUCAAGAAAAACCUUCCUUCUUACACCGUGCACUUCACCAGAGUGUUCCAAAACAAAACAUUCCAUGUGUACAAACUUGCCAAGCAUAAAUAA